GGUGAGCUCAUUAUCGUUAUCGGCCGAGUUCAAAGCCACACAACGCACAGUGCCUUCACUUUCGGUCGAAGAUCAAGUCGCGCGACUCCCAUUCCAGGUUCAUGUGGCCGUGGCAGUUGCCUAUGCUUGUUCCACCCCAUGCUAGCUAUCCCGCAGUUACGGCGAGGUUGCUGAAGAAAAGACGCUCUGCUCCAGCCAUGCACUACAUAUAAAUGUGAGGCGUGGGCUGGCUCACCCCACCUUGCAUCCCGAACAGUGUACGAAAGAUGGACCGCAGGGACGCCAAUCAAGCCCAAGUAGACUAUGAGGAGCAGACGGUGCGGCAGAGACACCAGGCGGCAGACGGUAUCUAUGCCGACACGGACCAACUGAGCAUCGGCGCGCCGCUGGAGAAGAAGUCACCCGGUGUUCUCAAGAUGGACGCCAUCACCAAGAGCUGGACGCGCAAUCUCAAGAUCAUCUUCUUCAGCACGCUGGUGGUGAUGAGCUAUGGGCGCCUGCUUGCGGCCUCAGUCAUCGGGACCUACCAGUCGAUUGCACUCGACGAGUGGGGCGUCACGGGCAAGGCAGCCAUGGUACGGACCAUCCGUCAGGUCCUGACCGCGACCAGCCUUGUGGUCACCGCCAAGCUGACCGACUACAUCGGGCGCGGAUUCAUGCUUAAUACUACCGCCCUUUUCUGGCUCGUCGGCCCGAUCGUGGUUGCAACUUCGACGGGCCUCGGCUCUUACAUCCCCGGUUUCCUUCUGUACACACUCGGCCACGUCGCCGGAAACAUCCUCCAGUAUGGCCUCGCUAUCGACACAACGACUCUGCGAAACCGUCUGUUCAUGCAGCUCGUCUUCAUCUUCCCUAGCAUCAUCAAUGUCUGGGCUGGCGGCGUCAUCGCCGACAAAGUGGUCAACGGGAUGGGCUGGCGUUGGGGCUCAGGCAUGUGGGCCAUUAUCUCGCCUGUGGUAUGCUUUGCGCUCAUCAUCAUUUUCCAGUAUCUCUCGUACAAAGCCCGUCGCGAGGGGCGUAUGGACGGCAUCCCUUCCACUUGGAAGCUGUUGAGGAGCCGUGCAGGCUGGGUCCACAUGUUUUGGAUCAUGGAUGUGAUGGGCCUCCUCUUCCUUGCCGGAGCCCUCGCGUGCAUCCUCCUCCCCCUCGCCCUCGGAGGAGGCAGUGCCGCCAAGUGGAAAACGGCCGAUGUCAUCACUCCUCUUGUAAUCGGUGUCCUCCUGCUUCCCGUCUUUGCCAUCUGGGAGUGGAAGUGGGCUCGGCACCCCAUCUUCCCGUUCCACCUCAUGCGGGACAAGCACGUUAUGUCGAUCCUCCUCAUCGCCUUGCUUAAAAACAUUGCCUCCUCAACCCGCGACUCGUACAUGUACUUCACCCUGGUUGUCUCGUUUAACCAGGGCGUUGAGGGCGCGACGCGCAUCAACUCGCUGGAGAACUUUGCCUCGUCCCUCACUGUCGUGUUCGUGGCGUUAAUCGUACGCCGCUUCCGCAUCGUGAAGCCGCUGGUCGUCGCCGGCGUUGUCCUUAUCGUAGUGGCCCAGGGCAUGCUGGUCCGCUUCCGGGGCGGUUAUUCGCGCAGUGAGCUCGCGGGCCUGGUUGCCGCCGAGCUCCUCGACGGUAUUGGCACUGGUCUGUCAUCGCACCCCUCUCUCGUGGCAAUGCAAGCGAAGCUCUCGCACGAGCAUGCCCUCCUUGUCACCUCGUGCUGGGCCGUUGGCGGGCAGGCGGGAGGCGGCGUGGCAGCCGCAAUCAGCGGAGCCGUGUGGACCAACAUGUUGCCCACCAAGCUCCGCGAGGGCCUCAUCGCCGCCAACAUCCCUAAUGCCACCUCGAUCGCGCAACAGGUGUACAGGUCGCCCCUUCAGUUCGUCAAGACGAACCCCCCGGGCUCGCCGGCGCGCGAGGCCGUUGUGAACGCCUACCGCGAUGUCCAGAAGGUGCUGUGCAUCAUCGCGGUGUGCAUCGCCGCGGUCCUCAUCCCCCUGUCGUUGCUCAUGGACAAUGUCCACCUCGGCGAGAAGCGGAACCUUGUGGAUGCUGACGAGAGCGACGAAAUCCCCGACAUGCGCCGGGAGCGCGACCGCUCUGACUCGGACAUCGACGAGAAGGGUCGCGCCCCGCGGAGCAGCCCUUGAGCAAAAUGCGCGCAUGCAUGCAGCACCUGUUUGUGUCCCCGCCUGCUGCUUUGCAAGCACUUUAGACCCGGAAGCUGUGUUUCGCGUCAGAACAGAAAUUAGGUGGAGGAGGGGUGAUUAUGCAUUCGCCUGCAUGUGAGUGGAGCAGAUGUCCAGAGGUGAGAUCGGCUACAAUGGAUAUGACGGCAGGAGGUCUUGGCAUCGACAUAUUUCGGCCGGUGUCUGUGUGUACUGCAGCAUGUUGGCGGUGUGCGUCGUGCUCCACAGAGAGAGCUUGCGUCAUCCGAGAUUAGUCGUUAGCACAUCUGCAGAGAUGCUUCCAGCA